CAGGGCUGCUGGAUGCCCCUGGCACAGACCCGCCUGGCUCCCAUACCGCUGGAUGGCGCCCCGGACAGCCUCCUUCCUCGGCUGACACUGUUUUUAUAAGGAGAUGGAGAUCACUAUCUGAGCCCCUGAGAGAGAGACGGGGGGACUUGGAAAAGAUGCCUGGAUGAAGCCCUGUGAGCCCAAGGGUCAGCAUUCCUCUGGGAAUGAAUUUACAGCCUGACAGCAUCUCCCUAGCUGGACCAGGACACCGGCAGAUGGUCCGGGAACAAUACACAACUACAACGCAAGGAGCCAGCCUAGAGAGGCCAGAGAACGAAUAUGUCUAUAACAUUGGAAUUUACGGCUGGAGAAAGCGAUGCCUAUAUCUAUUCGUAUUGCUCCUCCUUAUCAUCCUAGUAGUAAAUUUUGCUCUGACUAUUUGGAUUCUUAAAGUAAUGUGGUUUUCACCGGCUGGGAUGGGACACUUACGUGUAACCAGUGAGGGUCUUCGUCUUGAGGGGGAGUCAGAAUUCCUGUAUCCACUGUAUGCCAAAGAAAUCCAUUCGCGAGUGGACAAUUCUCUUCUGUUGCAUUCUUCACAAAAUGUGACUGUAAACGCACGUAACUCUGACGGUCACAUUACAGGCAGACUGACAGUGGGUCCCAAAGUGAUCGAAACCUAUGGGCAGCAGUUUCAGAUCAAUUCUAGAAAUGGCAAAAUGCUGUUUUCUGCUAAUGAAGAUGAAGUUGUAGUUGGAACGGGGAAACUCAGAGUCACUGGGCCAGAAGGUGCGUGGUUUGAACACUCUGUGGAAACACCUCUAGUAAGAGCUGAUACUUCAAAGCAACUCAGGCUGGAGUCACCCACCCGUUCACUGAGCAUGGACGCACCUAGAGGAAUCCACAUAAAAGCGCAAGCUGGCAACAUUGAAGUUCUCUCACAAAAGGACAUCAAAUUCCACAGCAGCGAUGGACAGCUUGUGUUGGAUGCUGAAACUGUCCGUCUGCCCAGUUUACCACGUGGAUCAAAGGGAACACGUGACAGCUCUCAGGAACUCUAUGAAAUUUGUGUUUGUCCAGAUGGAAAACUCUAUCUCUCUGUAGCUGGAAGGAGAUCCACUUGCCAAGAAUACAGCCGUGACUGUCAAUAAAGGACUAAGACACAGAUUUAUUAAUUUUUUGGCUACGAACCAUACGUCUAUAAAGUCAAGGAACUUUUCGAUGUUUGCUAGAAUGACUUAAAGGAUUUCAGAAACAAAAAUACCUACACACCGGAUUCAUAUUUGUAUUUCAGAUUAUUGACUUUGGAAAAAAAUAAAUCUAAAUAUUUUUUUAGCCUAUGUAAAAUAGCACAAGUGAUUCACACCAGAAAAUGAAUUACCAAUGCAAAGUCUUCUUGGCUAAAAUUAGACUAUUAUGGCUUUCGUUUUUGGAAAUCAGCCACGUAAUAAAACUUAAGAAUAUCAAAGUAUUUUAUCACCUCA